AAUUUUUAAAAAUAAUAAACAAUGGACCCUUCUGAAGUAGAAUUUCUUGCGGAAAGGGAACACGUUAAAAUCAUCCCAAACUUUUCGCAAGAGAAGAUAUAUCUAAUUAGCGGUGAUAUAGGCCCCUUUAGUGCUGGUCUUCCUGUUACAGUUCCCCUGUGGCUUGCAGUAAAUUUAAAACAAAGACAGAAAUGUAGAUUUAUUGCUCCAGAAUGGAUGGACAUAGAGGUUUUGAAAGAAAAAAAACAAGAAGAGGCUGAUAGCAGAUUUUUCACCCAGAUGCCAAGUCCAUUCUAUAUGGAGAUGACUCAGCUUUUGUUACAGUGGGGAACAGAUGACAUUCCCAAAGCAGAUGAAAUUAGAACUUUAGUCAAAGACAUUUGGGAUCUUAGGAUAGCAAAGUUAAGGAGCAGUAUUGACGUUUUUGUAAAGAGUGAUGUAUCACAUGCCAAAUUAAACUACUUGACAUUGAUGGAAAUAAAUACAGUGCGAAACUUCCUCACCAAAGCAUUAAAUCACAUGCAGCAGCUGCGUCUGAUUACAUCAGGACACUCAACUACAUUUCAGUCUCAGACAUUUUGAAAUCAAGGGAAAUAAUUAACAUUUUAAAAUGUGAUAUGAUUGUGAUAGUCUCAUUAUUGAAAGUAAUAAAAGGAAGCAGCUAUUAAUCAGGAAGUUCUUAUUCUUUCAUUAAUUUAAUUUGCGUGUUUUUA